AUGUCCUCUCGACUUCAUCUUUCAAACCUCGACAACGACCUUCACCACCUCAUCAACGCCAUCCCACAGCGCCAGGAACGCGGCGAGGCGCUCAUUGCUUCGUCUCUCUCUCACCCUACGUGGCAGAGUCCUCAUCGUCAGCGUUCCAUCGCGGAAUCCUUCCACGAGCCCCCGCGCAUCCUCCGACGAGACCUUCAACUUCAUCUCGCCAACGACACUAUUUCCCGAACGCCAUCCUGCAUCUCGCCCAACAGGAUGGGCUCACUCAAAGAAAAGGCGCGGCUCCUCCGCGAGAGGCUCGUUCUCUUCAAACAGCGACUACAGAUUCCGCCGAGCCCGCCAAAGCGAGGAACAUCGCCUCAUGACUUUGAAGCGGUGACGCAGAAGAGAGUCCGAUCGAAGAAGGGACUGCGUGCUCCAGGCCAGAGCAAGCGAGGCGAGAAGACUCUCGAAGUAUCGCCACUUCAGCUCGAAGUAUCAUCGAUGAAGUCGACAACUAUGUCGUCCACAGGCAACACGGCCACGCCGUUGCGAGACCAGUUCAGGAAGCGCUUCCAUGGACAGCAGAGCCGGGACUCAUUGUCCACAACGUCGACCAAGCGGACGUCGAAAGUCACAAAGAUGAAAACGGCACGAAAGAAUACCCACGACAAGUCGAACGGUUCGAAAACACUCAGGAGAAAGAUCACGAUGAUUCAGGACCUCAUCGGGAUCUCUGACGACGACUAUGAAGCCGAUGACGAGUACGACCUACCCGUUUCCGAAGACGAGAAAGAUGACGAUUGCCGCCUAUCAACAAGUCGACGCAUCGAACUUCAGGCCAUCCGACGACCGAGGAAGAAGUCGACUGAGGAGGACACCUCCAUCCCGGAGAAGAAGAAGACGACGAAGGGAACGAGCCAGGCGUCCAGAGAGAAAACAACCAGGAAGAUCAGCCAGCCACCGAAAAAGCAAGCCACAUCGGUCGAAGUUGCCUCAUCAGAGACCUCAGACCUGGAUGUCAUCCUGCACAAACUGGCGGGUCAAUACACCGCUGCAGACGGCACUGUGGUGAAGGUCGCGCGGUCUGAACUGCCUGCAGAGAUAGUCCAGGAUGUGCAAGGCCUCCUGGCCGAGGUGCAGGAGAAGGUUCCCGACUGGCGUUCAGACUCCUUUACCAAGGGCAAGUGCCUGAGUCAGGACGUACUGAGAUGGAGGACGACUGGCUGGGCUUGGUCGAGGACAGAAGCCAUGGUGGCGGCUUGCCGAACUUGCACCAACACCGGUCUGCUGUGUGUGAGAUGGGAUCCAAACGCAACGGACAAGCUGGUGCUUGCUGCACCUCCUCAAGAGGCUCGCGACGAGGCAGCUGAGCCGUCCGAUGCUCAGUUCUGGAAGCGGGUUGCUGAACACCGCACACCAAACUACAUGUGGAGGCAAAUCGGCUCCAUGAGGACGUCAACAAAUCUGAGUUUGACGACCAUGGUUACACUCGCGACAUCAGACAUCGGCUCAGGUGACGUUCACAGCAUUGCUCCCAUGAGCAACAGCAACGUCGGAACAUUAGGCAAGAAUCUACUGCAGCUUAAGAAGAGAAGAAUAACAAUGGAUGUGAUGUUUGUUGUCGUCACAGGUUCAGCCGUCAACAUUCACUUCACUCCAACGCCGUCAGAAGCUACGCGAGGGCGCUGGUCCCAAUUGGGACUAGCGCAAGGAGGAGCCCAAUCAUCUUCUAUCUUCCGUCUCCGUCAUUUGCAAGCAUCCACACACAGACAACAACCUCGACUGCAUGCGCGGCACUUCCUAUUCCACACUGCACAACUUUCGCUCCAAUCACACAUUACGAUGCUGUCCGACGCGGCGCACAUCCUGCUGAAACCAUACAAUACCCCUCCACCACGGGGGCCAAUCGGCGAAGAUCUCUUCCUAUCUGCCGAAGCUUUGCUGAGAGGACGCACAAUCACGGGCUGGCUCGACGAUGUGACCGCAGAUGAUGCCAUCCGACAGGCCCAAGUCGACGCCGCCAGAGCCGAUCAAUCGAAGGCUGCAAAGCGGGAUGCGGAAGGAAAGACAAAGGAGAAAGCUCUGACCAGAGACGACUCUGACGAUGAGGACCAGAUGCGCGCGGUCAGUCAGGUGCUGGAUGUAGAGGAGUACGACUCAGAUGCUGGUGAUAGAAGGGGCGGGGAUAACAACAACGCCUUGUUCGUUGGACGACCCAACGCAUCUCAGUCAGGCGAGUCAAGACAACCACCAGGGCCAUCGACGGAGUCUGACAAAAAGUUGACAGCGGCCGAUAAAGACGAGCUUAUCACGAUGACAGAUGAAAUGCACAGGAGUUUGCGCAAAUGUCUGCUUCUCGCUUGUCCCUUGAUGAAGAUGGGUAUCGAAAAUGCGGAAUCGAACGAUCGUCCCGGACCCCACGCCAUUAGUCCCAAUGAGCCGAUCAAGGACUUCGAGAUCGAGCAUGGAUUCAACAAAUUCAGGCUGGAGCCUCAUCAGCGCGACGCUGUCGGCCGCUACAAACAUCUGGUCGACAAUUACAAGGGCUUGAUAAUCGCAGAUGAGCCGGGCCUCGGCAAGACUGCAGUCGUCGUUGCACAUCUACAGCUCGAAAUCAAUGCUGCUCGUGUGGAAGGGCGGACCUCAUUCUAUGCAGUGUUCGCCCCGGGUGGUCUAAUUCCGCAUUGGAUCAAGGAGUUCAAGCGCUCGUCCCUCCUCGUCGGAGAGUACACAACAACAAACAUCUAUCGGCCGAACAACUGUGUGCUAGGUUCGACGUGA